UUGGUUUUUCUGUUCUGUUUAGAGAUAAUCAGGAACCCACUGGCUGACACACUGGUGGCUUCUCCUCUCAGCGGCAUUUCUGGUGUCCACUGCAGGGGCCUCUUUGACCAGUCCCACCAGCAUUGGAAAUCAGAGCUCCACCACAUCUAUUCUUCUUGAAAACAUCCAUUGUAUAUGUUCAAAACUUUCUGAGUGUGCAUAAAGAUCUGAAGCUGAAUUUAACUGAAGAAAAUACAAACUGUGUUAAAAGUAGCGUGCAUCAGACUCUAAAAGGGUGGGGACACCCUGAAGGGAAUAACAACGUUUAGCAUGAAGGAGGUACAAUCUGGUGGAUAAUCGGAAAUUGUCUUUAGUAUUGAAAGUGACCCUGAGGAAUACACAAUCCAGACAAAGGACAGAACAAAAGCAACAACAACAAAGAGUAGAAAAUACAGGUCCACCCCAGGGGCUGCUCAGCAAGAAACAAGCCAAAAGGACAGCCCAGAGGUGAGGAGAGGCCAUGGAAUGUCCACUGAGGGAUACUCAUCCCCGGGAUAACUGAGAAGUGUCUGAAUGUAGGCUGCGGCCGUCCUGAAGGUUGAUGGAGGGCCAUGCUAUUCAAACAGCAGGUGUGGCUGAGACAGAAGCUCCUGGUGCUGGGAAGCCUUGCUGUGGGCAGUCUCCUGUAUCUAGUUGCCAGAGUUGGGAGCUUGGAUAGGCUACAGCCCAUUUGCCCUGUUGAAGGCCGGUUUGGUGGAGCCAGCAGUCAGGCUGAGUUCCCACUACGUGCCCUGCAGUUUAAGCGUGGCCUGCUGCAUGAAUUUCGAAAGGGCAAUACUUCCAAGGAGCAGGUUCGCCUCCAUGACCUGGUCCAGCAGCUCCCCAAGGCCAUUAUCAUCGGGGUGAGGAAAGGGGGCACGAGGGCCCUGCUGGAGAUGCUGAACCUCCAUCCGGCAGUGGUCAAAGCCUCCCAAGAAAUCCACUUCUUUGACAAUGAUGAGAAUUACGCCAAGGGCAUUGAGUGGUACAGGAAAAAGAUGCCUUUUUCAUACCCUCAGCAAAUCACAAUUGAAAAAAGCCCAGCAUAUUUUAUUACUGAGGAGGUUCCUGAAAGGAUUUACAAAAUGAACUCAUCCAUCAAGUUGUUGAUCAUUGUCAGGGAGCCAACCACAAGAGCUAUUUCUGAUUAUACUCAGGUGCUAGAAGGGAAGGAGAGGAAAAACAAAACUUAUUACAAGUUUGAGAAGCUGGCCAUAGACUCUCAUACCUGUGAAGUGAACACAAAAUACAAGGCAGUAAGAACCAGCAUCUACACAAAACAUCUGGAGCGGUGGCUGAAAUACUUCCCAAUUGAGCAGUUUCACAUUGUGGAUGGAGAUCGCCUCAUCACAGAACCUCUGCCAGAACUUCAGCUCGUGGAGAAGUUUCUAAAUCUUCCUCCAAGAAUAAGUCAAUACAAUUUAUAUUUCAAUGCUACCAGAGGGUUUUACUGCUUACGAUUUAAUAUUAUCUUUAAUAAGUGCCUGGCAGGCAGCAAGGGGCGCAUUCAUCCAGAGGUGGACCCCUCUGUCAUUACCAAAUUGCGCAAAUUCUUUCACCCUUUUAAUCAAAAAUUUUAUCAGAUCACAGGGAGGACAUUGAACUGGCCCUAAAAUAAUGUCAUACAACACUAUGUGUUGUGCCUGGAGACACAUGGUGUCCCUUCUAGAUUAAAUAUGCACUUUGCUAGACACAGCUAUACAAGUCAUUUUUCCAUGUAUACUUGUACAUAUGCAGUGUGUGACCAAAUAUAAGAUCAAUUCUUUUUCUACUGAAAACUUACAAAGCAAAAACUAAAUUGCUUUCUGCAUAGUUGCAUCUUCUAAACUAUUUACAAAAAUAGAAGAGGUGGUGGUAUGGAGAGGAAGUGACUUCAGCUGUCCUCAAAGAGUUAGUCUUCCUUUGAUUCGAAACUUGUCACCCGCCAUUUUCAUAGAUUUAAGCCAAAAGAUGAAUGUGUGAAAAUGUACCAAUGGCUGUGAAGCUUCAGGAAGUAGAGGAUUCAGUUAUGCAUUUUUUUUCUAAGAGAAAGCUGGCUCUAUAAUUCAGAUCCUGAAUUGGUGCCAUGAAAACAGAAAAUGCUAUUUUCUUAUGAUUUAAAAGAAUGUCCUGUCUCAUAAAAUUGACAUUGUUCCAAAGUCCCCAUCGUGAUUUUGCACUAUUGUUUGCUCACACGGACCAUGGUGUCACUCAUAGCAUGUCAGUCACCUGUUGGAAAGUCAAGUCCUUUUACUUCCAUGUUGUAUGUCAACAAAGAGAAAUGUCAUGUACAUAAUGUAUAUUGUAAAUACUGGUUUCACACUAAGUAAUUCUAUUUUGUAAACUAAAUAUGACUAAUUUAUUGUGAAAAUUAAAAUUAUUGUGGUAUUUAAAAAUGGAAUGGAUUAAAAUUACUCUAUGUGCAACUUUUUUUUAAAACUCAUUUUUUUUACAUGCCCCCUGCCGGCUUCCAAGGUGGAAGCUCUUUACGUGCAUGGAGGGCACUUGGAAAGAUUCGUUUCUCUGCUGGUUUCCAUACUCUUGUGAAAUGUAUUGAUGAAGUGAGAUUGAGUAUAUUUUUUUAAAACCCAGACCAUCUGGAAAUCAAGUAAUAAUGGCCACCCCAAAGAACCCCAGUGCUGCUCUGCUACAACUUUGUUCAAAUUUAUUUACUUGCAGUUGCUGCUGUGUGAACGAGAGCCAAGGAAUACAUUAACAGAAUCAAAGCAGAGAGGAAUCACCAUUUUAUCCGAACCUCUAAUCAGAGUCAGACCAGCAGAGAAAUUAAAUAAAAUAAGAUUAGAAAACUUGUGUGGCCUCUGUCCUGAAAGCUGCUGAUGCUUCAAAAGUGAAUAAAAGUUUUCAGAAGUCUCUUUUAGGUGAAAAUAUAUCAAUCUGUUCAGAAAUGGUCAAAUUACAUAGUGCUGCUGUGACUAACAUAAACAUAUGGCUCGUAUUUCCACCCAGAGGGAUUAAUGCUAAAUUAGGUGCCUUGCCGACAUCAGAUACACUAUACUAUGCUUAAAUAUAAUUCAGAAAAAAUACAGAAAGAGGUACAACAACAAAACACAGAUUUUUCACAAUCAUACUGUUUAUCCAGUGGAGGAUAUUUGAGAGGCUUUUGUUCAGCAUCAUAUUAAGAUGCCUAGAAAAAUCUGCAAAUUAUAGUGGAUUCCCCUUUCCUGUAAGAGGUGUUGAUUUUCUCUGAGUUGUUUAUCCUGUCUGAUCAUUUAAUGGUGAACUUUUCUAAAUAAACAGUCCUUUCUUC